CACCUUUCCCACCACCCAGGAGUUUUUGUAGCUCCUUGAUCACCGAUCAUACAAAGGGUGACAGUGUAGACCAAUUCGUAACCAGCACACCAACACCUUCCUACACAGAGUACUUUACUAGCCAGGAGCCUGUUCAGAGAACUAUGCAUUCUAACCAGGAUCCCAGGCAGACAAUUGUGUACUCUGAAGAAUCUAACACAACUGUGUCAUACACACAAAAAAUCACCAAUUCACUCCCUGCAGCGACCAGUGCAGGUGCCCUGCCAUUUGCUGAUAUCAGCACACCAUUUCUCCAAGAGGAUUCUCAAACGCGGCGAAUUUCUACCUUGACACUAGCCCCUAGACAGGAGGGAGCCAGCAGCAGAGGCCCCUUUGAGGCACCACUGCUCCCCAGACCUGCUGAAGUACCAUCAUUUCCCAGAAGGUCUUUCUCACCACCCCCUGACAAGGUGCCUGAGACACACACAGCAUCUCUUUCCAUUCAGAUAGCUCCCCUUUCGGGCCACGAUCCUGAAAGCCACAGACAGCUACCUGGGCUUUCUCCUGAGACGACAAAGAUACCUCUUCGGCCAGAGAGACAAACAUCUGCAUUUGCUGAGGCUGCUCAGUCCUCCGACCGCCAAGUGAGCCAGAUAACAGUGAAUGGAAAGUCCUGUGACGCUGUGAGUCCAAUGAGCUACUACCACAGGCCGUUUUCCCCCUCCACCUCCAUCUCUCUACCCAGCUCGUUCAGUUCCAGCCUUACCAUGCAGCAUGGCCGAUCGCUUGAUUCCACCGAGGCUUAUCCCCAGCAUGCGCAGUCUUUGGACGGCUCCCCAGGCAGCUCCAUGCCGCUGUACAGAUCUUCGGAGGAAGAGAAGAGGGUGGCAGUCAUCAAGGCCCCCCACUACCCAGGGAUCGGGCCGGUGGAUGAAUCCGGCAUCCCCACAGCAAUUAGGACGACAGUUGACCGGCCGAAGGACUGGUACAAGACAAUGUUUAAGCAAAUUCACAUGGUGCAUAAGCCUGAUGAUGGCACAGACAUGUAUAAUACCCCUUAUACAUAUAAUGCAGGCCUGUACAGCCCUCAGUACAGCGCUCAGUCACACCCCGCGGUGAAGACCCAGACCUACAGACCGCUCUCCAAAAGCCACUCGGACAAUGGCCCCGAUGCCUUCAAGGAUGCCUGCUCCCCUGUGCCUCCCGCACAUGGUCCGCCACCAGUCCCACCACUGCGACCCAGAGACCGAUCUGCCACAGAAAAGCAUGACUGGGAUCCUCCAGACAGAAAAGUGGACACAAGAAAAUUUCGUUCAGAGCCAAGGAGUAUUUUUGAAUAUGAACCGGGCAAGUCAUCAAUUCUUCAGCAUGAACGACCGCCCCCUCUCCCAACCACUCUGACACCUGUUCCCAGGGAGCCCUGCCGGAAGCCUAUUUCCAUGCCACCAAGCCAAGAAGUAACUGGGAGCCCCUCCCCUCCGCCCAGGAGGGCCAUCCCUGCGGCGAGCUGGUGCGCCCCGGCUCUCUCUCCCACCCGGACUGAUCGCACAAAUCCAGAGGACAUAGAUUUAGAAAACGAACCCUGGUAUAAAUUCUUUUCAGAGCUGGAGUUUGGACGCCCGCCUCCUAAAAAGGCUCUGGAUUAUGUUCAAGAUCAUUCUUCGGGUGUUUCCAAUGAGGCCUCCUUGUAUCAGACCUCCGUGGAUAGAAGCCUGGAGAGGCCUACAAGUUCUGCAAGUAUGGCCAGCGACUUUAGGAAAAGGAGGAAGAGCGAGCCUGCCGUGGGCCCACCGAGGGGCCUCGGGGACCCCAGCGCCAGCAGGAUGAGCCCCAGUCGGGGGGACCUCCCAGGCUCAAGCGCCACCCUCACAAAGUCCUUCAUUAGCUCUUCUCCGUCUUCCCCAUCCAGAACAAAAGGUGGGGAUGAUAGCACCCUGUGUCCAUCCCUUUGCAGUUGCUCAGGGCCCCGCGGCACCCCUUCGAGGGAGCUCGAUUACGGUAACCCGUACAGACAGCAUUUGGAGGUCCCGCGGGACUCGCCCAGGGCCAUUACUUUCAAGAACGGCUGGCAAAUGGCCCGGCAAAACGCGGAGAUCUGGAGCAGCACCGAAGACACGGUGCCCCCCAAAAUCAAAUCCCGCAGUUGCGACGACCUCCUGAACGACGACUGCGACAGCUUCCCCGACCCCAAAACCAAGUCGGAGAGCUUGGGCUCCCUGGUGGGUGAGCAGGACCCCCAGGGGGGCUGUCCCCUCCCGUGGGCGGCCCCCUACGCGCAGGAGGCUCGCACCCCCGGCCGAUCGCGGGCGAGACACCGCGCGGCGCACGACGCCCCCGGCUUCCUGAAGAUGUACAAGAAAAUGCACCGCAUCAACCGCCAGGACUUGCUGACCUCCGAGGUGCUGUGCUCGGUGAGGUCGCGGGUCCUGCAGUACGAGAGGGCGCCGCGGCCCCAGGGCCUCCUGCAGGGCUGGAGCCAGUCCUCCACGGAGGAGGUGCCCAGGGACAUGGUGCCCACGCGCAUUUCCGAAUUCGAGAAGCUGAUCCAGAAGUCAAAGUCAAUGCCCAACUUGGGAGACGAAAUGCUGUCGCCCGUGACCCUGGAGCUGCCCCAGAACGGCCUCUGCCCCCAACGGCGCUUCUCCAUCGAGUCUCUGCUGGAGGAAGAGACCCCGAGCAGACACCCUUCUCAGGUCCGGCGCAUCUACCAGCCGCAAGCGCCGGUGCCCAUCCACAUCGAAGUCACCAGCGACGAGCCGCCCCGAGCGCCAGCGGAGUUUUCCGACAGCGACCAAGACGGCUUGGUGUCCGACCACGGGGACUUCAUUCACGUGGACGGAUCGUCCUUCUGCAGCGAGAGCGACUUCGAUCACUUUUCGUUCACCUCCUCGGACAGCUUUUACGGAGCCAGCCACCACCACCACCACCAUCACCACCACCACCACCACCGGCACCUCUUCAGCUCCUGCAAAGGCCGGUGCCCCGCCUCCUACACGCGCUUCACCACCAUGCUGAAGCACGAACGCGCCAAGCAGGACCCCGACGAGCCCCGGAGACGAGAGCUGGACCCCGGCCUUUCUAAACUGGCGUUCCUAGUCAGUCCUGUGCCUUUCCGGAGGAAAAAAAACCCAACUCCCCCAAAGCAGCCUGAAAAGGCCAAGUGCAAGGCAUCCGUGAUUGAGGCUCUGGACUCCGCCCUUAAAGACAUCUGUGACCAAAUUAGAGCCGAGAAGAGAAGGGGGAGCUUGCCGGACAACAGCAUCUUGCACCGCCUCAUUAGUGAGCUGCUGCCCGACGUCCCUGAGAGGAAUUCAUCCCUUGGAGCUCUCAAAAGGAGCCCCCCGCACCACCCUUUACACCCACUGCCUCCCGAUGGUGCUACCCACGGUCCACUGUACCAGAACGAUGGUGGGAGAAUGCCUCACAGUGCCUCUUUCCAAGACGUGGACGCCACCCACAGCAGCUACCAGCACCCCGACCACGAUAGCGCCCCGAGCCUCCAAGACCGAGAGUCCCCUAGAGGUUACUCGUCCACGUGGACUGACUUGGGGAGAAGUGCAUCAAGGGAAAGAAGAGGAACUCCAGACAAAGAGAAACUGCCUGCAACAGCUGUCUAUGAUUUUAAGGCUCAGACAUCUAAGGAGCUGUCAUUUAAGAAAGGAGAUACUGUCUACAUCCUCAGGAAAAUUGAUCAGAAUUGGUACGAGGGAGAGCACUACGGGAGAGUGGGCAUCUUUCCUAUCUCCUACGUGGAGAAACUCACACCUCCUGAGAAAGCCCAGCCUGCGAGACCACCUCCCCCAGCACAGCCUGGAGAAAUCGGAGAAGCGGUAGCCAAAUACAACUUCAACGCAGACACAAAUGUGGAGUUAUCUCUGAGAAAGGGCGAUAGAGUUAUUCUUCUUAAAAGAGUCGACCAGAACUGGUAUGAAGGUAAAGUUCCAGGAACCAACAGGCAAGGCAUCUUCCCUGUCUCCUACGUAGAAGUUGUCAAAAAGAACACAACACAAGGUGCUGAGGACUACCCGGAGCCUCCAAUACCCCACAGCUACUCUAGUGAUAGAAUUCACAGCUUAAGUUCAAACAAGUUGGCAUCGAGUGAACCAUGCCCGCCCCCCAUGCACAAAACCUCACCUGGCCCAGGGGACGGAGCUCACCCGGGAAUCGCCCGCGGAUGGCUGCCAUUGACAGCUGUCUGUCCACUACCGAGGCCUCUGGCCCCAACACCACUUCCUUUUCCAGACAACUUCUUGGCUGAAUUAGAGAAGCUGAGUGCUUUAACCUUCCCAGCUGACCAGCCCACACCAAACUCCGGAGAGGAUGUCAUCCUUGAAAUCAAGGAGGAACCUUCGUCCCUCCUCUCCUUACUGCCAGCGUCUCCACGCUCGGAAUCGCCUUGCCCUCUGCCAGCUUCCUCACGCGUGGGUGUGGCCGCAGCCCCAGCCCUGCCAUGUGAGGCAGCACCGCUCCCGGAUCACGGAAAGACCAUUCAAAAGAUGUUUGCCGAUCUGCACGCAACGAGAAGGGGUUUUGCAGAUCCUGUCAAGACGCCUGAAGUCCUAGGUGAUAAGUUUGUUGGCUCCGCACGCACCAGUGUGGGUCUCUUGUCCCGAACCCUCCCUGUGAUUGGAGAGGAAGACGAGGAAAUCCGUGAGGGGGUGAUGUCAGGCAUCCGAAGAAGACCGUCGGGGUCUCACGAGCCAGAUCUGCUGUGGUUUGGCCACAAUGACACAGAGGGGACAACAACCCUGCGCAUUGACGAAGAGGAAGAUGAGGGGGAAACGGAUUCUUUAAAACACCCAGUAGCCACCUCCACAGACCCUGGGGUGUCUCAAGAAGACUGCAACCCAGCACAAGCCAGUAAUGAGCCACCGCGUCCUGUGUUCAUUCAUGAAAACAUUCAAGGUGGGGGGGAACCGUUUCAGGCUCUGUAUAACUAUACUCCUAGGAACGAAGAUGAGCUGGAGCUCAGAGCGAGUGACGUCAUUGAUGUGAUGGAAAAGUGUGAUGAUGGAUGGUUUGUGGGAACCUCGAGAAGAACCAAAUUCUUCGGUACUUUUCCUGGGAACUAUGUCAAGAGGCUGUGACUCCCUCUCCCUCCUUAUUUAAGCCGCAUUUCAGCAACACAUCCACAUAAGGUGGCCUGAAACACCCGCAGGCCGCCCGCUGCCAUGCCUUCUGGUUCCCAGGAGGAGUCACCCACCAUCACCAUCUCCACCUGGCGCCAAACCAACCCACCAGCAGAGUCACUGCAGCUGCCCAGCCUUGGGGGAGAGGGGCAGAAGAGCUUCCAUGUCAAAGUUGAGAUUUCUGCUAGAAACUUUUCAAAAUUGGUAUGUGGGAUUACAAAGAAAAAUUGUUGGACUUGAAAAGAAUAACAUUUUUACGGCAAACGAUCCAUAAAAUAGCGUCUCAAGGAAGCUCUGCUGGGACUUGGAUAUUUUGGAAGAUGCCCUGCCCUGAGGCGGUCAGAAGAUUGUGGAUUCUUUUUCCUACGCUGUGGUUCGCAUUUCCACCUUCUUAGCUUGGCGAUCGGAUUGCUUUUCCCGAGUUUGCCUAGUGCCCUGGUUUACACGAUAUGACAACUGUUCUUCCGCUCUUGUUUGCCUGCACCCAUAUGUUGUAAUAUGCACACUGACUAGAAAAUCUAAAGAGUAGGAACCUUGCUAUGGACGAGUGUGAUGUUGUUGACGGAAUGUGAGUUUCCAAAUAGGAGUCUCUUCCUGCAAUUUUUUUGUUGUUGUACUCUUUAGAAGUGCAAACAGUCAUUGAAUAAGAGCCUUUGGUUGUAAUCACGAGGAUACAAGAGGUUUCACUAGAUUGCAAAAAAAAAAAAAGGAAAAAAAGUUGUGUAAAGUUGCAUUGCUAUUUUAUAUUAAAAUGUAAUAAUCAGCAUCAUGAACAAUGAGCUCUUAGCAUUUUAUUUAUCUGAUAAAAUUUAAAUAAAAGCAGUGUUAGUGAGAGGUGCAAAUAAUUAUUCUAAUAUGGACACUUGAAAGUAUCCGUAAACAAUAUUCAUAGGUUAGAGUUCACUGUGUGGACACGUGUUCUCUUGAGAUCACAUGUGAUCAUGCGAUCUAUGGGCUAUGCUGUACGUUGUAUGGAAAUGUAAAAGAAUCUCCCACAUUAUUUUAUAGAAAUAGAGUACUUUGAAAGCAUCACUAGUAUUAAGGCAGGUUUUAGCAAGGAUUAUAAUCAAUACAGCUAUUUUUACUAUGAUAAUUAUUUUUUUCUUCUAUGAAACUCAGAAUCCUGGCUCGAUGUGAGGACAGGAACAUGUCAAGCCUGAUUUUCUUGGUAUGUGCUGUAAAAUAUUCCCUAGGAAUAAAUUAGGCAUUUUUUAGAGGUGAUGUUAAAUCAUUCAGGUUUUGUUUUAUGCCCUAGAGCAGCAACUUACAGACUGAUAUUGGGACCUGGAAGAUUUAAUAUGGUCAACGGUGCCUGAACAACACAUAUCCCGAAAACUCACUUUGUAUUUCUUAUGACUUUGCAUAAGAACGCUUCAUAUUUGGAUCUCAAGCACCUUAUAGAUAAAACUUUUUAUGGCAUUUCUUCUGUGGGCAACGAUUGACCUUUUCACACUGUACGUAGACUCUAGGAUUUUGUACAUACAUUUUCUCUCUCUUUUUCUUUUUGUACAGACUAGUUAGUUCUUGAGGAAAUGGGGCGGGGAGCAGGUUUCCUGGUGUGGUCUUUAUCCUUCACUUCAGCUAAGCGAAAGCACCUUGAACAGAUUCUCCUUCUACGUUUUCAUGGUGCAGUUUGGUAGCAUUUAUGCAAACACUUAUGAAGCUGAAAGGUCUUGGCAGAGAAACUGAAAUGUACACAGAUGAUUACAGGGGAUUUCAUAAGGACGAAAGUAAAGAGCCAUCUCUGCACAGCCUGCCUUGAUUGUUCACAACCAGCUGUCACGUUCACAACCAGCUUUCUACUUUAAAGGCUUUGGGUUUGAAAUUAGGUCAACUGCAUGCAGCGUCCACUGACAAUGAAUAACUGUCUUUGAUGCCUAUUCUGAGAAAAGACUUCAAUCUCUGUUGCCUGUGUCAUAUUUAAGGAAAAUGACUGUUUCUACUCUCUGUAUCUGAUUUUAAAAGGAAAAAAAAUUAUAUAUUCGUACCUGACUCUCAGGUCACUGACUUUGAAUUCUUACAACAAAGGUCUUUGUGUUUUUUUCUUGAAUAGACAGCUAAUAAAUUUUGCUUGGAAGUAUAAA